AUGCAUUCAGUGAUAAUUGAAAGUGAUGAUUCCAAUGAGUCAUCAUCUGUUAUUGCCAAUGUCCAAAUGAGUCAGGAAAUAGCAUCGGAAGGUAGUGAUGAUGAAUGUCCGAUACUGAUUAACGAAAAGGCCUUGCAGGAGUCGAUUGAGGAAGGAGACAAUGAAUUAUCAGAUAAUGUAGCAAUUCUGCUUACGAUUUGGUUGUUCCAUAUAUGCCUCUUCAAAAUUUAUUAUUUGCAGAGCGAAAAUACCCAUUCCAUGAACGAAUUCGAAUCAUCAGAAACUUCAGAAAAUGAACUUGACGAUGUUAUGUGUCAGAAAAAUGAGGGUGAAUUGGAUGACUCUUUUGCUGACGAUGUGCUGUGGAGUGAUCACGAAACUGGUCUCUAUAGGCCUAUUUACCGGUGUAAAAUAUGUGGUCGCGCCUACGCUCACAAGCGGCCCUUACUUGCUCAUGAAAAGACUCAUAUCACUGGACGACCUUAUCAAUGCCCAAUAUGUACAAAAUGUUUUGCUCGUCAAGUGAACUUCAAUAUACAUAUGAAACUUCAUGCGAGUGGCCGUCGCUAUUUUUGCUCUUUGUGUGGCAAAUGGUUUAGGACACAGUCAUUAAUGACUGAACAUCAGCAAAAAUGUUUUGCAUUAAUGAAUGGUUUGCCUGUGCUAACUGAUCGUCCACUAAGAUAUCGUUGUUAUUAUUGUGAUAAAAUGUUCUAUCAUCGAAGAGAUAAGAAUAUUCAUGAAAGGACGCAUACCGGUGAACGACCUUACACAUGUGGGUACUGUAGUAAGGGCUUCACACAAUCACAGGCUCUUACGAUUCAUAUAAGAUCACAUACAGGUGAAAGACCAUUUAGUUGUUCGAUAUGCAGCAAAGAAUUUCGGGACAGCUCAGCCUUAAGGAAGCACGAAUUUACCAAACAUGUCAAUGAGAACCUUCCAGGGGAUGAUUACAGUGGUUCAUCGAAUGAAAUAGCUUUAGUGACAACACCAUAUGUCAACUAA